GCGAACUGUGCCACAUCGAAUCGCGAUACCACACCGUCAACAUCGAAAUAAAUAAGUGGAAUUUAAAUUCGAACUAUUCACGAUAACUCCAUCGAUUUCACUCCAUUCCUCAAAAAAAAAAAAAUAUUUAUACUGAAAGAUAAAAAUUAUUUGAAGUAACCAUCGGAACAUAUUUCGUACUAUUGAAAAAGGUAUUUAAAAACUAAUUAGUGAGCUCGAGUGACAAGUGAAAAUAAACGAAUGAUUUUUUGCUUCGGUAAAUAAAAAAGCAAGUGAUGGGCAUUAAAAAAAGUGGGAAGAAAAAAAUAAUGAAAGACGGAACCGAGGCUGUGACGACCUCGACGGAGGUCUCGGGUGAGACAACAGUGACAUCCUCGCGGAUUGUUGCUGAGGCGAGCACAAGUGCUGAGACUGCGAGCCGCAGCAGCACGAAAGAAAUCACUUCUGGAUCGCGCGAGGUAAUAAUGGACUCGCGGGGAAAUAUAAUCAAAGUGACAGAGACCCCGGGCGCGACAAUCAGACAGGGAAAAUCGUCGGUGAAAGGUGCAACUGCAUCCGAGGACUUUAUUCAGGGUGAACAGAGCCAGAUGAUUGAAAAACCCCGUCCAGAAGUCAGACAUAAAAUCGCGAGUGACGCAAUGCAGAGGGAAAACGUGGGAUGCGACACCUUUAUGACAUCAUCGUCUGUGGUGAGCUCCUCGUCCUUCACGGAGGAGUCAUCAAGCGCAUCAGUUGGGAAUAAUCCGCCGGAAGUUCACAGGAAAUCCACGGAAUCAAGUCAAUCGGCGAAAACUGUGUCCGAGGGGAUAAGUAGAAACGGACAGUUGUGCACAGACACAGUGCGGAUAGACGAGUCUGAGAAUCGCCUGAACAUCGAUGGAAACGUCGUGGCGACUAGCGGGAAGAACGUCCAGACUGAAUCCACUGUGGAACCCUCGGGAAAACCUCACGUGACGUUCACAGACGACAAAAAGACGACGAAGUGCGUUCCCCUGUCGAAGCCAGGUCAGUCGACGUGGGACGGAAGAUUCACGUACGAGAGACCGGCGACCCCGGGAAGAACGACUCCGGCCCCGGCGAAGACGUCGAAACUCACACGCCACCAGGAGGACCUUAGGACCUCCUCAGAGCAGUCUUCGUCCUUCGAGGAAGUAAAAACCUCCUCCGAAGUCACGUCGAUUGAUAAAUCGUCUCACGAUCACGUCGCUCGUCCUUCGAGACCCGGAGACUUCCUAGACGGUAGUUUCGUGAUCGAUAAAUCGAAUAAAUCGUGUGAAAUGACGAAACGAACGAACGAGCCUACGAAAAUCCAGACAUCAGGGAGAACCGAUGUUGAGAUAAGGGAUGUGUCUGAGGAGCGCAAUAUCGUCGAAUCGACGUCGUCCUCUUACAUCGUCGAGUACAAAGACUCCUCGGACGGCAGAAGAGUCGAGAGAGUGUCGACGGUAUCGACGACGAUUCAAGAAGAGGAGCCGUCGUCUCCUCGGGGCGCGUCAACACCGGUUCGUCCAGGUAGUGCAGACAAGCGUCACUUCAAACCGGGCGAGUCCACUUGGGACGGAAGCUUCACCCUCGAGAAGCCCCCGAUGUCCUCGACCCCUCGAGCCGCCGACAGAAGACAUCGAAGAACGAACGUUGACAUUCGCGACGUAACCGAUGACAAUACGAUAAACGAGGCAGAUGUCUCGACAUCUUCGUACAUCGUGGAGACGUCGGCUAGUGAGAGCAGCUUCUCAGAUGUGAGAGACAGCUCGACAAUCCGGAGGGAUGAACACGUGAGGAGGUCGAGUCCGACUCCUGGGGGCAGCCGACCCCCCGGAGCCGCUGAAAUCGUCAACGACUCGAUUAUUGUCGAGCAGUCGCGCGUCCGCGAGAGCUACUCCGACUCCUCGAACAUCGAUUUGUCGACAACAGCUGUUGAGACGGUGAUUAUUGUCGACGGGAAGCCGGUGAGUAGAUCCGUGGAUUAUAAGGUUGGGUCAUCAGGGUUGAGGGAUACUGUGAUAAGGGAUGCGGAUGGGCGAAGUGGGAGACCUUGCAAGUCUGUUGGACGAGACGCGCUUCCGGGGGAUGCUGUCGGACAGACAGGACUAACUGAGUCGUUGACGGAUAGCGUCGAUGUGUCAAGCAGCAGGAGGUUCAUCAGUGUAGAGUCGACUUCAACGGCUGAUUCAAAGACUUACGAGGUCUUGGAAUCAGAUGUGAAGAACGGCAGACGUCCUCAGAGCCCUGAGAGGAUAACUGGGAGAUCUCCGAGUCCAGGGGACAGAGCAUCUCGUCCUACCAAACCUGGAUCUUCAACCUGGGACGGUUCCUUCACUUAUGAGAAGCCUCAACAGCCGAAGAAACCUGCAGAUACUCUGAAAGAUGUUCUUCAGCAUCCUAAAGAUAUCAAGCGGCCAGAGCCAAUUACUGAUCGAAGAACAGACAAAACUGGUGUUUCAACCACUAAAUUCAUCAACGUUGAAUCAACAUCGACGAUUGAUUCAAAGGUAUUUGACUCUUCAGACGUUUCAACAACUGUUUUCCAUGAUGUGAGGGACAUCAGACGUCCUCAGAGCCCUGAAAAAAUAACUGGAAGACCAUCUGACAAGAGAUCUCCAAGUCCAGGGGACAGAUCAUCACGUCCUACCAAACCUGGAUCUUCAACCUGGGACGGUUCCUUCACUUAUGAGAAGCCUCAACAGCCGAAGAAACCUGCAGAUACUCUCAAAGAUGUUCUUCAACAUCCUAAAGAUGUCAAGCGUCCAGACCAACGUUCAGGAUCAAUUACUGAUCGAACAACGGACAAAACUGAUGUUUCAACCACUAAAUUCAUCAAUGUUGAAUCAACAUCGACGAUUGAUUCAAAGGUAUUUGACUCUUCAGACGUCUCAACAACAGUUUUCCAUGAUGUGAGGGACACCAGACGUCCUCAGAGCCCUGAAAAAAUAACUGGAAGACCAUCGAGUCCUGAGAAGAGAUCUCCAAGUCCAGGAGACAGAGCAUCUCGUCCUACGAAGCCUGGAUCUUCAACCUGGGACGGUUCCUUCACUUAUGAGAAGCCUCAACAGCCGAAAAAACCUGCAGAUACUCUCAAAGAUGUUCUUCAAUAUCCUAAAGAUAUCAAACGUCCAGAGUCAAUUACUGAUCGAAGAACAGACAAAAUUGAUGUUUCAACCACUAAAUUCAUCAAUGUUGAAUCAACAUCGACGAUUGAUUCAAAGGUAUUUGACUCUUCAGACGUUUCAACAACUGUUUUCCAUGAUACGAGGGACACCAGACGUCCUCAGAGCCCUGAAAAAAUAACUGGAAGACCAUCGAGUCCUGAGAAGAGAUCUCCAAGUCCAGGGGACAGAGUAUGUCGUCCUACGAAGCCUGGCUCUUCAACCUGGGACGGUUCCUUCACAUAUGAGAAGCCUCAACAGCCGAAGAAACCUGCAGAUACUCUCAAAGAUAUUAUUCAGCACCCUAAAGAUGUAUCCAAGCGUCCUGAGCAGCGGCCGGUGCCAAUUACUGAUCGAAAAACUGAAAAAACUGAGUAUUCAACUACAGUAUCGAAAUCCAUCAAUGUAGAAUCAACUUUGGCCGAGGAUUCUCAGACAUUUGACUCUCGGAGCUACUCCAAGCCCUGA